AGAAGACUCGAGAAAACACCGGCACGGCCGCGCACGGGUAUAAAACCCCCGCGACACCCGACGGACACCCGCAAGAACAGCCGUUCAGUCUCACUUAUUCUGUAAACGCGUGACCGCGAACAAUGAACAACUCCAACAGUGUUUCAGACAGUAAGGCCGACAAGCCUCUUACAUUCCGCUCGGCGAAGGAGAUGUUUGAGAAAAUGGAGGAAUCGUUCAAAAUAUGUGCGCAGUGUGAGAGACUCCCAUCACAGGUCAAAGGCUCGCUGAAGAGAUGCACACGCUGUCUGAAUGUGUAUUACUGCAGUAAAGAGUGUCAGAAGAAAAACUGGCCUCAGCAUAAACUCUACUGCGACAAACUACACAUGGCGGCGGUGGACAGACACGUCGAGUGGCUUGUUUAUAAAGGAGAUCUUCCUUUCCCUACGGAGGCGUGGUCUCGUCCCGCUAACAAAGUCAGCGGUUGGAAAGAUUGGCUGUCCAUGCAGGGAGAUCUGACACCCCGACUGGAGCCCAUCCUGUCUGGACAAAACAUGACAGACCUCUGGACCAAUGCCUGCAGGCAACGGCCGGAGGAGACGGAGCUUCGUGAAUCAGUGUGGCGGGUUUGCAGUGAGUUUCUCUCCCGGCCUCUUACGAUCGGAAUGGGAGUGAGAAUGUUUAACCUGGAUCCGUAUUCACGGCCGCUUACUAUUCACGUGGUGGGAGCCGCUCAGAGCGAGACCCUGGGAGCCAGAAUCACAGACAUGGAUGAGCUCGGCCGCAUGUUUCCGGGGCACCAGGGGCUGGAGGUGGUGAUGGUGGGGCCCGAGGUGGUUCAGGGGCCCAUCAUGAGGCCCCCGCUGAGGGCGUUCGGACCUCGGGGAAAAGUUUACAUCAGCGCUUACAAGGGCCUCUACCAUCAGUUCUGGGAGGAAGUUGUGGAGAAAGGAGAAGCAGCCAAACCAAAUCUAGUGGUUGGAUUUCAUCCAGGGUUUGAGGGACAGGAAGUGAAUCAGGAUUGGUUGCCGACGCUCCUGCUGCUUCGAGAUUACAAUAUCCCAACGUUAUUCACCAUGAUCAAUAAUGAAGAGCUGCAGAGUACUCUUCACAUGUUUAUGGAGUUGGAGAUGGACGUUAAGGACACCGGCUCAAACCCCUUCAGCUCUCUGAAACCUGAACAACUGCCAAAAAGCCCCAACAAAGCACCCAUUUACGCCAACGCUCACUAUGUUUCUUUCCAUGGACUGCUGGAGCUGAAAGAGGAGGAAGAACAGAACUAAAGAUGAUGCUAGCGACUGGACAGACUUCAGUAGUUCAUUUGUUGAAUGAGUGUUUAAAAGUAGAAAUGUUUAUAGGUAGAUUCAUUAAGAAAAUGAAUGUGAUGUGAAAAUAUGGGAUCAAUGAAUUUAAUUUAUU